GCACUGGGUCACAGCUCAGGAGUCUGGCAACUCUUACCACGAACCCAACUGGACGCGACGCAGAUGAAAAAAGAAAACAUUAACGCCAAAACCCAAGAUAAUGUACUCUAGACCCGUCGCCUAUAGACCUAAAGUGCAGUCACGCGUCGCCGGGUGUGCCCGUGAAUAUUCAAAGAUGAAAUAAAUCCGUAGAACAGCGAAAAGUAGCAGCAGAAGAUCGCCAAACUGCGCCCACCUCCCCAGAGCUCCCCCGUGCCCCACGCCACUGACAACGUCAGUAAUUCAGCAAUUUCUCCGGGGGCGCUCCGCUGGACAAAAGUGUUUGGGUUGGCGUGAGCGUAUAAAUAAAUAGCAGCAGAAAAAGGCUGGAAAAUCUGAAAAAUCAGCAAAUAGAAAGUGUAUACACACAUGCCGCUGGCUGCAACUAAAUGUAUGUGCGUGUGUGUUUCAGUGAGUGUGUGUGCGAGCAAUAGAGAACGCAAGGUGCAAAAUGUUUACCAAAAAGUCGCACGCGGAUGUGAAGAAGUCGACGGCGAAGCUACAGGACUGCAAGAAGGACUCAGCCUCCAGACUGCGCCACCUCCGCAUGAUAUUGGAUAAUGUGGAGCUGGAAGAGUCCAAGUCGCUGUUCGAGACCAACUACAGCCAUGUCUACUUCAUCCUCUACGACACCUUCAUCCAAGCGGAGGCGAAUCUGAAACAGAAAGAACUUCCGUUUCACAUUGUUCACAAGGCGCAUCGCGAGGAGUUGGACGGUUCGCUAUGGCUGCUGGAGAAGAUCCUGUGCCUGCUGCCGGAGCUGCUGGCUCGUCGCUGGCAAUGCCACUCCCUCAGUCGCAUAAUGGCCAAGCUGUUGCAUUUGGGAAACUCCCCGAAGCUGAGACGCGAGGGUGUCAGAUAUUUCCUUUUGUGGUACCAGACGCUGGGCGAAAACGCUCCAAACUAUGUGCAUGCGAUGUACGCGGAUCUAAUUCCUGGCCUCAUCGUUCCCCAGAAGGGAGUCAGCGGCCCAGAUACCGAAUUCAAUGCCUCGGACUUUCUCAGUCAUCCAAACAUGAAAGCAGACGGUGGAAUGGCCUCCGUAUUUCACGACAACGCCUUUUCACACCCGGUGCAGAGCUCGGAGCUGGUAGCCUUAUUGCCGCCGUCGUCCAGUGAGAAGUCUGCUCCCCCCGAUCCGCGAGAUGGUCUGGAAGUGCUGCUAAACAGCAUGGUUCACACGGCAGCGUGUCUCAAGUGGCGCGACAAUCGCGCCCAGAAGGACCACAAGGCAUUUGCCUUUUUGCUGCAGCGUUUCAUGGACGUCUUCCUGCCAGUAUUUUCGCCCGGAUUCGAUGUCAGCUGCUCCAUCUACAGUCCCCGGUUGGACCUGCCGGUGAUGCGGUCGAUCAACAAGAAGGAGGAGGUCAUGGCGUCCUGUGUGGUUGUCUUGAUAAACUGGGUCUCGCGAUUUACUCACGAGCGUCUUUUGAGUCACCGCUUGGACUACACCCUGCACAUUGAGGACGUGGACCACGUGCGCUUGCUGGGUUACCAGCAGGGCUUGAUUGUGCGGGACGUGUUCUACGUCAGUCGCGAAAACAUUAACUUUGUCCAUGAAGUGUAUCGUCAGGCCUUCUUGCUGAACUUCACCUCCAAGCCGCAGAUCGAAGCUAUUCGAACAGCCAUUGCAGUGUACAGGGACUGGAUGACAGGAGAGCCACCGCCAUUUUUAUUGGAGCCAAAUGACGACCCACCUCCCCCAUCCACGGCGGGUGGAACUCCCAGAAGUCAGCGGCUGCGCACGCCUUCCUACGUGGGAGCUAUGGCGGGAUCGAAGGAUCAGCUGGCCGUCCGCGCGGGAAGACAGAAUGUUUUGCAGGUGUUUGUGACCAAUGCCGCUAACGUGUUUCUAGUUAACACAGCCAACCUGAACAUUUGCUUCCCCACCCGGACAAAGAACUAUCGUUCCACACCGCUGGAGGAGCAAACGGAGAUCUGCAAGAAGGUGCUGAGCGUUUACCGCACCAUGGUUAUGAACACAGAAAUGGACUCGCGCACCUGGGAGCAGCUGCUCCUCGUAUUGCUGCAGGUUUCAUCGGUGGUGCUGCAUCAAAACAACCAUCACCAGGCUGGCGGUGGUGGUUCGAAGAGUGGCACUCUGGGUGGAAUUUUGGGAUCGGCUAUAUUCCAGACCCUUAUUGUAACCUGGAUACGAGCGCAUACCAAAGUUCCCGUAAACGUCCAGCUGUGGGAGAAGUUCUUAAAUGUCCUGCAAUCGCUGACGCACCGCGAGGAGCUCAUCGUGGAGUGGAAUAAGACGAUGCAAACGCUGACUAGGGUAUUUUCCCGCUACACGUAUGGCAUCAGCUUGUUGGACCUCCCGCUGGAUCGAGUGGCGGAGAGUCGAGCGGAGAAGCGAAGACGCAUUGGCAGCGUCUGGCAGGGAUCGGGAUCGAGCAGCACUGCCAACGGCACUAACACCGUGGCAGCUGCCACUUCACAAAACAGGCAACGCGCCUCACUGGCGGAGUCCAGCAGUAUUCGCUCGGAGGAGACCUCAGCGCAGGUUCCCCUAACAAAUCAUCCUCGUCCCCACCACCAGCACUCGCAAUCACAAGGAGGGCAGGGAACGCGGCCCAUUCCGCUGACUCCCAUGCUAAGCAGGAGUUACAGCGAGGGCAGCUUGGCUUCGGCAGCAAGAAAUUCGAGGAUUAGAAGACGCCGAGCAGCUACGCCAAAGCCGAAGCCGCUACAACAGCCUCAGCUGACGGAGAAUCGCACCAAUCCUCAGGAUUUAAGGCGAGCUAUGUCCCUAGAUUCCUUGUCUCGAAAGGGGGAAGAGGAGACCGACAGCUACCGCGAGGGAGACAACGAGAGCGGAGCCGGCUCCCGGAGUCCUUCGCCCACGGCCAGUAGUGGGAUCGAGGGUGGCUCCAUCAAGGAUGCCCAACUGCAAAUAGAUGCGAGCUUGGAUGAUGCGAAUUCAGGGAGCUACGGCAGUGGGAGUAAUUCUGGAAGUGUUUCUGGAAGCGGGCGUCGAUGUAUCAUCCUGGGUGGGUCGGCGGAGGGCUGGCAUCCGGACUCCACCUCCAUUAUGUGGAAGCGCAUGCUCGGUGCUCUGGGAGAUGUGAACCGGAUUCCCAAGGCGGAGUUGCACGCCCAGGUGUUUAUGCAUUUGCUCGAGAUGACUCAAAACUUGAUCAAGAUCAAGCAGAACCAGGGAAUAUCCACGGACAAUCAGAGCACGCCACCGCCUCCUGUUUUGGUGCCACCGAUCGGAAUUGUGGCGCCCUGGUGCUAUGGUUCCCUCACGUUGGACAGGUCCUUCAAAAAGGGCAAGCUCUGGGCCCUGCAGUUGCUUUGUUCUCUGGCGAUUCAGGGAGCAGUUGGAAUGCAACAACUGCCGCUGUUCUACCACGCUCUCCACCAGCUGUUGACUGGCGAGGAUCGGGAUUUGAUUUACGCCAUACUGAAGCACUUGGAAGGGCCCAGGCUGCUGAGUUUGCUGCUGCCGGGACACACUUUGUUGCUUCUGGAUUUGGUGCAUGCGAGUGCUAUACUCUUGACCUCCCUGGAGGUUUCCCGGAACACUCCCAGAGCAGAGGUGGCCGCGCUUCUGGGGUCCCUUUUGUGCUAUCCGUCCUCGCUGUUGCCACGUCCAGUGCUGCAGCCCUCACCGCAGAAGUUUGAGCUGAUGGAGUGUCCCGACCUACAGGAUCACAUCUUGAACAUUGUGCUGAGAUGCGCCAGAAGAGAACCCUCGGCCAAGGCUCGUUGCAUAGCUCUUUCUCAGCUGGGUCAGUGGCUGCUUCUCAAACUAUCGCAACCUUCCUCGGGAUCGUCGGCCUCGAGUCGAAGCAAUUUGUUCCAGCAGGCCGUGCCACACCACAAGGAUGUUCACCCAAAGGAGACGCAGGUGUUCAAUCCCCGGAUAAAAGAAGUGCUCCAAGUUCUACUCCAGGCUCUGCAGCUGAAGCACCACACCAUUGCGAUGGUGGCCGUGGAUUCCCUAAAACUCUGUGCCGAGCGGGGUCGGCAACUGGCGGCUAUCGAGAGAGUUCCCCAGCUUAUAAUCACUGCCCUGUGCAAGGCUCUGGAAAUCCAGAACGUAACCAAGCCGAAGGACUCCGAUAAAGUGGUGCUCACCUCCCUGAUGCUGUGCCUUGGCGAAUUCUGCAUGGCGAUACCCGCCUCUCUAAUGUUGACUCCCUUCAACGAAAAAGGGGACACAUUGGUGCUCCAGGUUCUAAGGGUUCUGCUUCAAGUGGCCUCGGGAGCGCCCCGCCACGAGAGAGUGAAGCUAACCGCCGACGAUGACUUUGAUAUGCAGAUCGCCCACGACGACCUCCAGGGGGAUGGACGUUUGCCGGAGGCCUCCUACCAGACUUCGGAAACCAUCCAGGUCUGCAUAACGGCCAUCAAAUUGUGCGCCAAAGCGGUGUCCAUGCACCUUGUCACCCACAUCGGCCACUUUCCCAUGGGCAUCGGGGCAUCCCGACUCAGUUCUAUGGUGGAGGAGCAGGACGAUAUUGGCAGUGCCGGGUUCGGUUGUCAGGUAGAAGCCCGGCGGGACUCCGUGGAGCUACCUUCGGUGGUCAGUGCCCAGAACAUGCAGCUGUUUAUGCUGAACUCGGGUCUGGUGGCCAGUUUCAUCGAGCUACCUACUCUGAAGCUGCCCGGAGGAGGUAUUACCGCUGGUUUGGUCACUGCCGAGAAGCAGGUGCGCGUUUUGAUGCGAGAUCUGAACGGCAAGGCCUGCUGGGAUGCCUCCAUUCUGUACUCAGAGCCGCGAAAAUCAGAGGAAGCUCCUCCAAGAACGAUGCCAAAGAUUCAUCAUGCCCAGCCCCUGGAUUCCAUGAUUUCGUCCAUGGUGACUCAUGAGCUUCAGACUCCACGACAUACACUGCGUCAUCGUCCGCCCGGAGUGCUCCCGGUCGCCAAGGAUAUGGCUCCGGACUUGGAUCAACUGGAUGAUAUGUUGGCCUACAUAGGACACACGAGUCCGGAGUGUGUGGCUCCCACGGUGAGCCAACUGAAUGCUCCCAGCAGCAGCCCGAUAAGCGGAAACCAGGAGGCACAGGCCAUCUCGGUUAUUUUGAAUCAACGCCUCCUAGAGCAGGAAUACGUUACCCACUCGGCGCAGGCACCCUCUCCGGCGUUGCGGCACGCCAGUUCCAGCUCCUCGCUGCAGCAGCAGGAUCAGAGAUCCAUCCACAGCACUACGGCUUCCUUUGAUUCCCUGCCCACUCGCACGGAGAUGCCGUUCCAGUACUGCCGACUGCUUUUCUCCCACCUGGGAUUAGCUGGCUGGGAGCGACGCUCGCGGACGCAUCUGCUUCAGAGGAGCGAGAAACUCAUGAGGGAACUGCGCAAUGUAGACCUCCAGAAGUGCCGGGAGACGCACAAAAUGGCUGUGAUUUAUGUGGCCGCCGGUCAAGAGGAUAAGGGAAGCAUUCUGAGAAAUAUUAGUGGCAGCAGUACCUACGAAAUGUUCGUUUCCGCUUUGGGCUGGGAGAUAGAUCUGGAGACGCACAAUGGUUUUCUUGGAGGACUACCGCGCCAAGGAUGCGGGGCUACGGCUCCCUACUACGCGACGCCCUUUCUGGAGGUCGUCUACCAUGUGGCCACUAGAAUGCCAUCGGACUCUUCAGAGGCCAUGCUGCUGAAAACGCGACAUCUGGGCAACGAUGAGGUGCACAUUGUGUGGAGCGAGCACCACCGGGACUACCGGCGUGACAUCUUGCCCACCGAGUUCUGCGAUGUCCUCAUUGUAGUCUAUCCACUGAGAAACGGCCUCUUCCGCGUAACAGUGAACAGGAAGCCGGAAGUGCCGUGGUUCGGGCCGCUGGCCAACGAGAGUGUGGUGAGUGGAGCCUGUUUGGCCACCUUGAUCCGGGCCACUGCCAUCAAUGCCAGUCGAACGAAGCGCGCCGCCCUGCCGCUUUACCAGCAAUUCUACGAGGAGCGGAACCGAUCCCUGGAUAGUGUGUCUUCCAGAUACAAAGAAAGCACCACGUUUGAGGACUUCGCCAGCCGUAUUUACAAUCCCAUGCCCCUGUCUACGCUGGGAACUUUAAGGGAGUCGAAUGCCAGCAGCUCGGCAGCACCGUUGGCCUCGGCCCUUCUGGACCAUAAUCGGGCCUCCGUGAAAGGAUGGGUUCAAGCAUCUAUCGAUUCAGCGCCUGUAAUGGGCUUAGUACCAUCUGCAUCAGCCGGAUCUACGGCAGCUAUGGAGGCAGCCACAGGAAUGGCCUCCGCUUCCCCACGCGGCCCUCGGAAACUGGGCGCCCCUUUCAAGAACGUGACCAAGAAACACUCGUUGCAACAAAUCGUCGUUGGGGGCGGCGGUAGUGCCAGCGGGGACACACCGCCCGAGAGUCCGACUUUGCCACAGCGACGCUUUAAAUAAUACUUGUCCCUAUCCUUCUAUUCCCGGUACUAACUGCACCCAUUCCCUAAACCCAGCUAUCGGGCCGUUGAAAAGGCCAAGCCAGGAGGCCCGAUGCGAUGCAGAGAGUUCUAAUGCAAACGAAAAGUAUUGCGAAACACGUUUUCCCCCAUCUUAGUUGUACUUUAAUUUGGUUUCCAGCUUAGUCUAACUAUCAUUGUAUUAACUAUUUAUUUUACGCUGCGCCUAAUCAAAAGUUGAUGCCUUUCUUCCGAUUCCAAAAUAGUACUGUGUUGUAGAUUCGUCGUCUUACUUUUGCGAAUUUUUACUUAGUUACAAACAUAAUUUUUACGUAUUUAUUAAUGAGCGCUUUAGCAUAAAGCGUUUCCAUGUUGCGUCCACUCACUAAUUUGAAAUUAUUUAAUUUAUGCACUCAAUUAUGUUAUUGCUAUGUUGAUGUAAUUUACGAGUAUGUAGUUAGAGAGCUUUAAGCAUUCGAGUGCAAACUGAGUGUCGCUAGCUGACCAAUUGCUUUAUUCGCAUUUACUCUCCUCUGAUCUAGGUUCGAGGCAUCUGUUAUUCGUUAAUAUUAUAAUAUCACUUAUAUUUUAUCAUCUUUUACGCUUGUCAACGAGAUGAAGAUUCAAAGAAUUCGAAAUUCGUUUUAAGUGUUGCGCACAAAAUGCGAGGAAAAUCAAAAUUCGAACUUAGAUCCCACUACUUGCUCUGCCCAUUUAAAGCAAAUGUCAACUACUAGUAUUAUGUAACCGAGCUCUAUGUAUAGGUACUCUAUUGUUAAGGUUCUCUAUCCAAUCCCCUGUCAAAUGGCGAUGGCAAUCGUCACUAGAAGCGUGAGUGAGCAGAUCAAUAUUAUAAUCAUAAUUAGAGAAGAAAACGGAAAUCUGUAUCUAACAUAGUUCAAAGAAUCGCCUUUUAUUUGUGUGUAAAAAUUGAAAUUGUUAACAAAUGAUUUACUAACAUGUCUAGGGAUAUCCUUCAUUUGUAUUUCACUGCGAAUUGUUUCAACGAAUUGAUCAAAUUGAUAGAUUUAUAUUUAUAUAUAUUUACACCAACAUAUGUUAAUUUCGUAUUUAUGUAAAAUGGGCAACCUUAAAGUUGAAUGCAAUGCCUUUUUGUUGCACAAAUGUUUUAUGAAAUCUGUAGACUAAUUACCACACUUAAUCUUAAGCGAGCAAACAUUUUUUGUAAAAAAUAAAACAAAAACAAAAAACCAAUAAAUCGAAAAGCAAACUAAAGCUACGUGAAAUUUGUAACUAACACCAAGUAAAAGCAUUAUAUACAACCUAAAUUUACAACUACGAUUAAAUGUGUAUUUUAAUUUACUAAUUUAUUUGAGAAACAAUCGAGUAUUUUUCGUAUAAUAAAUAACAUGAAUUUCAAA